GUCACCUGUCAUGGCUGACUUGUGAAUGGAAUCAUCAUUAUUACAAUUUUUUCAUUAGAUUGUUUGAAAUGUGACACACCAGACUUUGUAUAAACAACGCCAAGACUUUAUUUUAUCUACACUAAUAGUACACAAGUGAUUAUACAUUCGAAAAUGAUGUCGGUUAUUUGCAUCAAGACAUUAUGCUUGUUGACAAUAUGUUGAACAUUGCUUUCCUUUUAUCAUAAAUUUCAAUUUAUGGUUUGACAGUGCGUAUUGUAAUUGUUAUAUUUCUGUGAAUUUUUAUAAAAUACCAUAACGUAAAUGCUGUUUAUGUUUUGACUUUGAAAAGUUCAGUGUCAAUUGUUAUGCGGAUACAAUUUUAUUUAGCAGCUUCCAUUUAGAAUGAAGUAGCACAAGUUGAAAUGAUAAUUGAUUGAGACUCAGUUUGUGUGAAGUGUAAUGCUUGGGUUACUAAGACGACAGCUAAACAAACAAAUGGCGGGGCAUUUUAGAAGCAAUGUGUGGGACCCUGUUCUAAUUUUAUCACAGAUUGUUUCCAUGCAGUCGAUUUUCUACAUAAUGCUUGGAUUCUGGAUUUACGUCUUGGAUCUUAUUGGAAGAUUUGAUUUGUCAUUAGAACAACUGUUCUCACAAGUUGAUUUGGGAUUGUAUGAAGACUCUGCAAGAACAAAUGUAAUUGCAUACACCCUGAACAGUUUAACAUGUGCACUGGGCUUGUGGUUAGUAGUGCGGAAAACAAAACAGUGUCUGGAUUUCGCGGCCACGGUUCACUUGUUACAUUUCGUAUCGUGUUGGAUAUACGGGGGUCACGUUCCACAGACGUUCUGGUGGUGGCUUACCAACAUAGUGUCCAUGACGCUGAUGACUGUGCUCGGGGAAUUCCUGUGUAUGAGGACAGAGUUGAAGGCCAUUCCAGUUGGCAUGGGACCCAAGGUCGAUUUAUAAAAUAAUGACUAUUAAUUUAUUUUAGGAUCCGUAUCAGUAUCUGGGAGUUUAUUUUUGUUUUCGCUGAUGUAUAUAUAUAUGUUCAUGCAUUAUUAAAUAUUUGUUGGCACAUU